AAUAUGGCAUCUGGUGGUUAUAAAAGAAGAAGAAGCAGAGGUCGAAGAGUAGGACAUCAAACAUGUCUGACAGAUGAAACCAGGGUAAUAGAAAGAGCUCUGCGUUCACUGUGUCAAAAUGAUGGGAAACUUAGCCUUGAAAUUCUUGAAAAGAAAGUUGGUCAGUUCGAUCCUGGCCUAGGAAGUCUAGAGGAUAUCGUUUCAGACUUCCACGACCAUUUCAAGAUCAUAGACUAUGCUGAUGGUAGUGUUUUUGUUAAAGCACACACUCAGGCUAAGAUUUGCCCUUCAUACCUGAAGAAUGAUUGUGAAGAGGGUGAUGCUUGCCAGAACCUACAUUUGUGUGGUUAUUUUGCUACAGGUUCCUGCUGUUGGUUUGGUAUGAAUAAGUGCAGAAAAAGUCAUCACUUUAGAUCAGACCACAACAACCAAAUUUUGAAAGACCUUGACAUCGCUUUCCUUUCACAUGAAUGUUUGAAGACUCUCUUCCGAUUGGCCUGGCCAGAGUUCACAGUUCCUGAUUUCUGUGGUUUAUACCGAAGCCCACAUGGUUGUCAGAAACAUACCUGUAGGUUUCUACACAUAUGCAAAAACUAUGUUAUGAAUGAGUGCAGAUACAGGACACGAUGUAAGUUUUCACAUGAUAUCUGUGCAAGUGAUUCUAACGAGAGACUGCUGCAGCGCUUUAAUAUAAAUGUUAAUGACUACAGCUCAUAUGACAUUAUUCGCUUGAUCAAAGAGCGGCAUGAAGGCAUUUAUCGACCUGAUGUUGAGGUUUUGGAUAGUGAUGGAAAAGACAGUGAUGGUGAAGAGAGGGAUGGAGAUGCAAGCUGCAGUUCAGACAUUUAUGACACAAUGAUGUGUGCUUUUAAUGAGGAACUUGAAUCAGAAAACCUCUUAACUUUUACCAGACCAGCUGAACCUUCAUCAGGACAAUCAAGAAAAGCUUAUCAAAAAACAUGGAUUGAUAACUUGCAUGACUCUUAUCAACAGACAAGGGCAGUUCAAGAUAAGAAGGAAGAAAUUUGCCAAAAGUAUUUACAGGGAAGCUGCACCAGUGACUUAUUAUGCCCAAAGCAUCACUGCGAUCUUCCUUAUCAAUGGCAAAUUCAUAUCGGUGAAAAAUGGGAGAGUGUUGAUUCUUAUAAAAAUAAUGCCAUGGAAAAGAAAUACUGUGAUAUGACAGACAACGAAACUGCUUGUUUGGUUUUUGAUACCUGGGGUCGUAUGCAAAUCUCCUUUGAUGGCAUGUUUUUGUCUAAUUAUAUUAUUACCAUACCCAUACGCCGUUUGGAGGUAAAAUGUAAACCUUCUGAUGCUCACUGGAUUUCACACUGGUCAUGGUAUUGGAAGGAUGAAUGUGGUACCUGGAUUGAAUAUGCAGAACAGAAUACCAAACAGAAUGCAAGGUCUGACAAAGAAAGCUCAGAUUUUGAAACUUCGUAUGAUGCAUACAAAAACAGAAGUGGCAGUCAGACUGUCAAGUUUAAGGCUGGAAAUCAACACUAUACUUUGAACUUUGGAACUAUGGUCCAGACGAAUGAUGAAUAUCGUACCCAGAAAGAUGUUCGUCGGAGACCGUCUAAGCACAUAACAUCGGCUGAUGUUAAGAGAUACAGGGAAGAAAAACCUUGGUGCCGGUCAAAUAACAAUAAAUAUCCAAGAACCUGGAAUCGUGCAAAAUCACAUCUACUUGUAGAAGUAUCGAAGCACAGCAAUAGUGAAGAGUACAGGAAAAUACAAAAAAUGUUCCAGGCUACACUUCCAGGAGUGAAUAUUACAAAAAUUGAACGGGUUCAAAACGAAACUUGGUGGGAUUCAUUUUCCAGGCAAAAAGAAGUUAUGAUGAAAAAGAAUCCCAACAAACCAGUGGAUGAGCGUCUACUGUUUCAUGGAACUAAACCUGAAAUAGUUCAAGAUAUUUGUCGCGAUAAUUUCGACUUCCGUCUGAGUGGAACGCGAGUUGGUGCAAUUUACGGUCAAGGUGCCUAUUUUGCAAGCACAUCAAAGUAUUCUGAUUCCUAUGCAGAGGCCGACAGAUACAGCAUAAAAAAGAUGUUUGUAGCUCGAGUCCUUGUCGGAAGUUACACCACUGGGACUCGUGAUAUGCGCAGACCACCAUAUAAAAAUCCUUCAGAUAAAACAAAGGGGAUGUAUGAUUCUUGCGUCGACAACGCAAGUAAUCCAAGUAUUUUUGUGCUAUUUGAUAACCAUCAAGUAUAUCCAGAAUACGUAAUCACAUACACAUCCCCAAGUGUCAAUCAGUAUAUUGGACUAAGUACCAAUUAUACAUCAUAUGGUAGUAGCAGGCAAACAAGCUCUUACACAUCCAGUCAGGCAGCAAGAAGCACUUCCAAUCCACCGUCUUAUAAUAAUACAUACACAAGUAAUAGCAACAAUAGCUCAUGUAUUUGUAUGUAAAUCUCCUGCAACUCCCACGACUCUUCCAGAAAUCAGGACGGCCUUCGGUUUUCAUUGCUUUAUUAUCAUUUGUCUCCCGUAAGUCAGUGCCGAUGGGUAUUACAAUGAGCAGCAAAUAGAAUAAAAUGUGUUAAGAAACUUAAUUAACCAGAUCAGUGGCGAAUUCAUGAUGUUGAGGGCAAACAAACAAUUUUUUUUUUGGCCUAAUGAUGUUUUUGAAUAAAAGUAAAAUUUUAUUUUUGGCCAGUUAGCGAACCCACCACUUUGAAAAAAUAAAUAUUUCAGAAAAUUUUUUUUAUUCAUAUUUGUUGUGCCCACCACUGCCUGAAUUAUCCAAAAAUACAAUAUUUAUAUUUCUUUCUUAAUUAUAUAUAUAUUUAAAGCAUUUAUCAAUCCCAUUACUACACUCUUCUACAUUCAUCAAUAAAAUUUUAUUUUUAUUUUCUCCUCCACCUAGAUGCUUUGGGAAAAACCAUUUUGCUAAAUAAUAAGAUAACAAAAUUUUAUAUUAAUUUUUUUCCAACCUCCUCUGAUGGUCAUUAAAAAGUAAGUUUGCUAAACAAAUAUAAAAAGAGUCUCAAAAAUUGUUCUCAAAUUCUUAAAUAAUUAUAACACACUAGUCAGUGAUAUAUAAGAGACAAUAAUAAAGAUAUGUAAUAAGAUUACCAAAAUUAAACAUGUUAAAGAUUGUUGUAAAGAUAAAAAUAUUUAUAAGAUUAAUAUUUCUGAAUAUAUGUGAUUGUUUUAACAUUGUUAAUUAUACAGUACACACAAAUGCAAAUUAAAAAAAGAAAAUGAAAUGAAAAAUAAUGAUAGUAUAAUAAAAUUAAUUUUAUAAUACAGUUUAAAAGUGAUGAUAUGAAAUUGUAGCAGAGUGAAAAAGAUCAGCAAACAAAACAAAUAAAGGGGUGAUAGUAAUUAAAAUUAGAAAUGUUAGUGUAUGUAGAUUACAUUAAAUUAACAAAUUAAGUAUUAAGUUGUAAGACAUGCAUUAUAAUAAUAGGUCUAAAGUUAUUACCUAUAAGAAAGCUGCAGGGAGUAAUUUUAGUACUAAGAGUUUCUCCCAUCGAUAGAGACUUGUCCAUACACCGAGGAAAUAGAUUGACUGUUGAAUUUCUAUGAGUUCUAGAUCUUUCUGAACUACCCAUGUUUACAGUCUUCUUUGUCUGAUGUUUCUGUGUAGUCUGGUCUCACUGUUGUUUAUUGUUAUUUUAUUCCUUGUUUAUUUUGAAUGCACUGUGUACCACUUGGUGUGGUACAAAUUUCUGUAUUAACCGUAAGUUCCACUGAUGAUUAAUCUCAGAUAAGAUAGUAUAAUACAUACUCCAAGUAUUGCUAAUACAUACUCCAAGUAUCAAAUGUCACUUGAUAUUUGACCGGGAAUGUGGAAUUCAUUAAAAAUGUUUAACAAUGUGCUGUAUUUUCAAAAUGGUUUAGCAUGAAUUAAAAAACAAAUUUCUGUAUGAUUUACUGUUGUUCAUUCAUUUCAAUAUCACUUUUUCCCAAAAUAGAAACUUUUAACAAAGAAAAUUCUAUUUAAACCGUCUUGCUGCAAUCAUAGAGAAAGAAGUGCUGGAAUAAUUAAUUUAUUACAUAUAGAGUAAGUAUAUAAAUGUAAAAUGUAUAUAUAUUGUAUUUAUUCAAUAUACUUAAUUUUAUGUUGUAUAUAAUUGUGUUAUUUGAGGAGAAAAAUUAGUUCCUUCAAUAAUGUAAUCCAAAUAAUGUAAUCCAUUUUUUUUAUAUAAAUGUCACUUAAUAUUUGACUUAAAAUGUGGAAUUCAUUAAAAACGUUUAACAAUGUAUUUUCAAAAUGGUUUAGAAUGAAUUAAAAAAACAAAACAAUAAUGCCAAAGUUUACACUUCCUACUUUUAAAAAGAUUACUUGUGUGUUUGUAUACAUUUCACAGUUGUAGUAUUACCACUAAGUGUUGACAAGGUCAUCUACCGUAACUUGUCAGAGCAUGGAGGAAUUAAUUUGCUAAACUAAUUCCUCCAUGGUCAGAGUAAGGGUAUAAUGGUACCCCAAAUCAUAUCAACACAAUUCCUCUUAUCUUGUAAACUUUUAGAUAUGAGAUAUAUUUUUUUUUGCUUUCUUACAUUAAAGACUGAAAAGAUUGAAUAGUA